ACUCUGGGGCAAGCCGCGAGCGCCCGUGGAUUACAGCUUUGGAGCAGAGCGCCCCUGCGCUCGGGCGCGCGUGCUCCGACGGCUGGCGCUUCGUUAGACUAGGCUGGGCGGGGCCUUCCGGAACAAACAACCCUUUCCUCAGGUGGGGGGCUACAGGGUGGUUACCCCGGCUUCUCCGUCCGCGUGAAAAGGCGCACAGUUCGGCCGGACGGCGCUGCCAAGGGGCCCCCCUCCGCGGUCAGGGCUGCAGCCACCCGCGGCGCCGCGGAGCGCAGGGCCACAAACUGGCCUUGGCUCCUGCUGCCCGGCCCGGAGCAGACACAGUGGUGCUUGUUCGACUUCCCUAAAGUAGAGCUGCGACUUUCCUGCCGUUCCUCGGGGUCCUGCCCAUGUUAUAAAUGGACUUCAAGGAAGCAAAGAAAGCCAGAAUUCAAGACGAGAAUUUGCUGGGGCUGUGCGGGCUGUCCACAUGAAUUUCCAGCAAGUGGGGCAUAUAGUUUUCAGACUUUUGAAAGAGCAAUUUUGAAUUGGUGGAACCUCACCCGUGACUGGGUGCCGGUGACUGUCACACCAGAGUGACCUGUGUCAUGGAAUUUAUAAACUCUUCAUGCGGAGGUGUCUAUUUGUAAUGGGCCAGGAGAGUAGAGGUUAAACACGGUUUCCCUCUGUCUUACUCCUAAAUGUACUGUCUUUAAAAGUGGGGAGCAAAUGGACUCUGGAUUUAUUUGUCUUCUGCCUGGGUGGAAAACCACUUGUGCUCAUUUAUAGUGGGUGUGGUGUAUAAUCUCUGUUUGUAUCUUGAUUCUAGUAUUGUUUUUUUUUUUUCUCAACACAUUUCCUCAGAGUUUAAUUUUUUUUAUUAACAUAUCCUGUGAAUAUCUUCAGAAGCAGUGCUCAAUGUUAAAGAACAUAUUGCUGGGUGUGAACAGCCUUCACGUUUUCCGGUCUGAAAGGUGCAGUAUGUAGAUGUGUGUGCAGUACUAGUUAGUGGGAAACAAGACUGUGUGUCCUUGUGAAUUGAGAGGGAAUGCAAGCGUUAGUAAAUGAGAGGUGGGAUGUUUUGUCUGUUGUUAAUGGAUACCUGAAUGCAAAUUCUGACAUUUUAUGUAGAGGGUGCUCACUAUACCGUUCUCACAGAAGUGGUAUGUGGACUUGAUGCUAUCGCCAACCGCCCUGUCUCUGUGGUGUGCUAACCAAAUACUGUAGUAUAAAUUUGGAGGCAUCUGGCAGCUUCCUGUUGAGACAGAGGUCUGUUAAGAUUUUACCUGACUUCCUCUUUAUACCUUAGGGGAGUCAGACUCCUUUGCCAUGCACUUUCCCCAGGAAUGCCUUUGUCCUUCAGCAAGUCUUCUUUAAACCAAGUACAGUGGCCACAUCCCUUAAAAAACAGGCACAUGAUCCACUCCAGAGGGCAUCAGAAUGGUGCCGUUUUAUUUAACCUUCCCUAUUAACAAAAUAGUUAAUCCUGGUAAAGUGAGGCAGUCACAGUCUUUUCCCCCAAAGAAGAAUUAUUCAAGUGUUGUUCUUACAAAUAAACUAGCAGAUGUAAAAUAGCCUAAUGAAGCAAGUAAGAAGACUCGUGGGACAAGUUCUGAACUGAGUGGUGGGGAAUAUAGAAGUGCAAGUCCAGGAUGAUGGUAUUCACAGACUAAUUUCCUCACCUAAUCACUCCUCUGUCAGUAAAGGGAAAUCUUGACCUUUUAAAGCGUUGUUAAAAAAGCAGGUUGGCCUCUUGUGGCUCCAGUUUUCAAAGUAAAAACAGUGGCCAAAGAGAGCCUUGUUAGCCAUAAAAAUAGAAAGCUGGCUCUUCCCUGUAGGCUGUUCUUUUUAGCUGAGGCCUACAGUUUAAGUUCCCUGCGUCAGUUCUGAGGAAUUUAAAGACACUUUAGAGAGCACUCAUUUCAGGUGUUAGGGGCUCAUAGAAAAAAGUAACUUCGUUUCUGGGCUUUAUUAUUCUUAAAAUCAGACUGCAAUAGUCUGUUCAAUAUCAGAUAUUUCAAGCCAUGUUUUUGGUUUGUUUGCUUUGGCAAUCAUCUUUGUUUUUUCUUCCCAUUUUGAGCCUCCAGCCAAGCUGUCUACCGUUUUUGAGGUUGGGCCUGAGCCCCCUUCUUCCUGGUAUGAAGUGACUACAGAAGAGGCACACGGCCCACCUUCCUUUCCUCUCAGCUGGAAACACAAUGGCACAACUUGAUUCUGAAGUGAAAGAAGAAUGUUUGAGAGAAGACUUGAAGUUUUACUUCAUGAACCCCUGUGAGAAAUACCGGGCCAGGCAGCAGAUUCCAUGGAAACUGGGUUUGCAGAUUUUGAAGGUGCUCAUGGUCACCACACAGCUUGUUCGUUUUGGGUUGGGUAACCAGCUGGUGGUUGCCUUCAAAGAAGAUAACACUGUUGCUUUUAAGCACUUGUUUUUGAAAGGCUAUUCUGGCACAGAUGAAGAUGACUAUAGCUGCAGUAUUUAUACUCAAGCGGACACCUAUGAGAGCAUCUUUUUUGCUAUUAAUCAGUAUCAUCUGCUGAAGAACAUCUCCCUGGCAACUCUUGAUUAUGGAGAAAAUGAAGACAACAGAAUUGGCUUAAAAGUCUGCAAGCAGCAUUACAAGAAAGGGAACAUGCUGUCUUCCAAUGAGACCCUGAAUAUUGACAGAGACAUCGAGAUAGAUUGUGUUCACCUAGACCUCCUGACACUCUCCGAGACCGCUCAGGCCUGGAAGCAGUCUGCUUUCUUCAGACUGGAGUUUUACCGACUCCUGCAAGUUGAAAUCUCCUUUCACCUCAAAGGCAUUGACCUUCAGACGAUCCACUCCCGAGAGCUGCCGGACUGUUACGUCUUUCAGAACACGAUCACCUUUGACAAUAAAGCUCACAGUGGCAAAAUCAAAGUCUUUUUUGACAGUGAGGCCAACAUUGAAGAAUGUAAAGCCCUGAACAUAUCUGGAUCUACUCAGAAAAACACUCAGUAUGUCCUGGUGUUCGACGCAUUCGUCAUCUUGGUUUGCUUGGCAUCUCUGGUUCUGUGCACGAGAUCCAUUGUCCUUGCUCUAAGGUUACGGAAGAGAUUUCUAGAUUUCUUCCUGGAGAAGUACAGGAGACACGUGUGUGAUGCUGACCAAUGGGAGUUCGUCAAUGGAUGGUAUGUCCUGGUGAUCAUCAGCGACCUGAUGACCAUAGUCGGAUCCAUCUUAAAAAUGGAAAUCAAAGCAAAGAAUCUCACAAAUUAUGAUCUCUGCAGCAUUUUGCUUGGGACGUCUACACUCUUUGUUUGGGUUGGAGUCAUCAGAUACCUGGGUUAUUUCCAAGCAUAUAACGUGCUCAUAUUAACAAUGCGAGCUUCUCUGCCAAAAGUUCUCCGGUUCUGUGCCUGUGCUGGCAUGAUUUAUCUGGGCUACACGUUCUGUGGCUGGAUUGUUUUGGGACCAUACCAUGACAAGUUUGAAAAUCUGAACAUAGUGGCCGAGUGCCUGUUUUCUCUGGUCAAUGGUGAUGACAUGUUUGCGACCUUUGCUCAAAUCCAGCAGAAGAGCACCUUGGUGUGGCUGUUCAGCCGUCUCUACCUAUAUUCCUUCAUUAGCCUUUUCAUAUAUAUGAUUCUCAGCCUUUUUAUUGCACUUAUUACAGAUUCUUAUGACACUAUUAAGAAAUACCAGCAGAAUGGCUUUCCUGAGACGGAUCUGCAGGAAUUCCUGAAGGAAUGCAACAGCAAGGAGGAGUACCAGAAAGAGCCCUCAGCCUUCCUGUCCUGUGUCUGCUGCCUGAGGAGGAGAGAAAGCAAUGACCACUUGAUAGUUAUUAACUAAAGCUCUUCUGGGAAGACAAAUUUCAGGCCUCCUUACCCAGCUGCAGAGCUGAGGGACCUCGGACACCCUGGACCAGCCGUUCUGAAAGGACUGUCUUAUUUAAUUGUGGGCCAAGAAAGAGGAACACCUGUCAGCUGGCUGACCUUAACUGAAGUUCCAAAGUUACUUUUUAUACAUUUGGAGGAUGAAGAGUAGAUCACAGGCUACUGCUGGACAUUAGUGCAGUUGAGCGGUGAUCAUGAAAUUCCCUAUUUUUCUGCUAAUUUAUGACAUGAUAAUAGUCAUAUGUGAAAAGUCACAUUUCAGAGUGUGCAACACGGAGAAGCUUAAAGUUUUAUACUUUGUGUUUUAAGAUUUGUGUUUAUUGUCAGGUAAGGAUUUGUUUUAAACGUGAUUUUUGGGUUCAAAGACUUCUUGUUAUUUUAUGAUUUACACAGAGGUGUGGUUGGUUGAAAAGCCAUUUAAAGACCACACUUAAAUCAGCAAAAAGACUUCUUGCAGUAGACACUUCUCCACCUAUCUUCCUGUGAGUUUUCUUCUUCGGCAUACAUGAAGUGACUGUUGGCACGGUCAGUGGGCUAAACUGGAAACAGAACACACAUCAGUGGUGCUAAUCCUUGAUUGUACACACAUGACAUGUGGCAGUACACCACAGCACUUGUCAUUCAUCUUAACAACUGAUCUCCACUGUGCUGGACACAAAACUUUGUCAAGCAAGGACAUAUGGUAUAUUUUUCCUUAAAUAAAUUUAUUUUUAUUACACUCUA